AUGGCUGUCACUUUUGAAAGCGCUACCAUUGUGGUCGAGGCUGAUGCGGCCGUUGACUACGUCAACUUAGGGUUCGAUGGUGCCACUCAUCUCCCUAACGAUGGCAAGGCUCAUGGUCCACUUAGUGGAAUUUCUAGCCAAGCCCUUGUGUUCUAUACAUCCGGAGAAACCCACCCUCCCAAGACUUUCUAUGCUGCUAAACCCGAAGUUGUCUUUUCAAGCGAUACCGUUCAUCUUACUGAGGGAGGACCGGCCGAUCGAAAACUCACUGCCACCGACGAGAAUGACAAGACUGCGCACUGGGAGUCUCCUGGACUUUAA